CCAUCCCUGACAACUGCCCCUUCGUAAGUUAGUAUUCGUUCUCCGCCCCACUGUCAAUUCACCCAACCCACUACCUCCGUCACCCAAAUGCGAAAUCCGACUGUUGGCCGCAUAGCCUCUAUCUAGGUGCUGCUACCUCCGCGUACCGUCACUUCUAUUAGCCGUUUAUCAAUUCAAGUUUUUUCGAAUUUCACUUUCUCACCUGACAGUAUUUGUAUUGGAUUCUGAAGAAGACGGAGAGUAGAAUUUUAGGACGCGCCUUUCGGAGAUCACACUCUGGUGCUGAUUCUUUCAUUCUCGUGCGAUCUGAUAUCAAAGAAGGGAAAGGGGAUAUACUAAACGGCUGCAGACACUCAAAUACAUACUAGGGUUUCUUGGAAGAUAAAUACGCCAUGGCUCCAGGGCGUAAACGUGGAGCAAAAGGAGUGAAGACGACCAGUGAGUUGAGUAUCGGUGAUCUUGUCCUGGCUAAGGUUAAGGGUUUCCCUGCCUGGCCUGCAAAGAUUAGUAGACCUGAGGACUGGAAGAAACCUCCUGAUCCUAAAAAGUAUUUUGUGCAGUUCUUUGGGACAGGAGAAAUAGCUUUUGUUGCCCCGGCAGACAUUCAGGCCUUUACAUGUGAAUUGAAGAACAAGUUGUCAGCUCGAUGCCUAGGAAAAGGACAAUUUGGCGUAGCAGUGAAAGAUAUUUGUGCUGAAUUUGAAGUGCUGCAACAGCAAAAUUCUUGUCCAUUGGGACUAGAAACAAAUAAUGAAGCUCUGGUUAGUGAUGUCGUAGAUGAUGCUGUAAAGGUUAAACAAAAAGAUGGGGUGGAAUCUGGUGAGUCUGAGCAUGUGAUAUAUUCUGAAAGCGCGAGUGAUGGUUCUAGUUUGGAGCGCUGCUCUAAGAUAAUAACUGAGAAAGAUAAGCAUAUUUGCAAGUCACAUGUUUUAGAUUCUGCGAAUGCGCCUCCAACUAUUUUAUCUAAAAAGGAGAAUAAAACUUCUAAUAGUACCAACCCUGUGAAGGAAUUGUCAUCAGCAUCGGGUCAUGGAUGCCAAUCUAUAGAUGAGGGCUGCUCGCAAAACAAAAAUGUUCAAGAUAAACUUGCUUGUGGAGAUUAUGCUGAGCUUCCUAGUAGUGGACGUAAGUACCUAACAAACGGACAAAAAGCAAAAUUAGCAAAGAAGAAAUUGGAUGGUGGAGAUCUAAUGCAAAAUGUUAAGGUCUUGGCUGAUGGUACAUCUGCUGAGCCUAUUGUAGUGCGUUUGAGGAGUGAUGAUUUGCCUAGUGAAAGUAAGAAGCCAUCCUUAGAAUUGAAGUCAGGUUUGGAAACUAAUGCUAAAAACAAAGCAAAAAGCUUGCAGAAAGAUAAAGGACAUCUUGAAAUGGCUAAUUCUGAAAAUGAAAUUGAGGAGAAUAAAAAGCACGGAAGUUCUACUGCGAGGCUCAAAGUUGAACCUGGACGUACUCUGAUAAUAUCACAGGGAAAUGAAGGAGUUCGUCCUUUCAAAAGGUCAAAACACGUAGAUGCUGCUGCUGAUGUCAACAAGGUUAGCCAAGCAAGCAGAAAAACUGUUAGCCAGAGCUCUGUUGUUGAUGUAAAAUUUAGUAAUUUAGAUGUUAAAGGAUCAAAGCCAGUGGGUAAAGUGGAUAAUCGUGUGACACCAAGAGAACAAGCAGAUGCUGUUGGCUCAAGUAUUCCGGUGGUGGAAGAUAUUCCUCUGUCAUCAAAUUGUACCCGGUGGGCGAUGGAUGCUGUGCCCUACUCCUCUCCUAUUACUCAACAGCCAACAAAACGUAGAGCUCUUCGGCGUUGUGAUGAUGAUGAUAAUGAGAAACCCAAAACUCCAGUUCAUGGAGGUUCUAUAAAAAGGAAUUCCAUCCCCUCACUCGUCUCAGCUUCUUUGAAAAAAUCUGAUGCACCCAGUGUUUCUUCUACACCUGUCUUGCAGGUACAGGGAGUGCCAGGGAGAUGUCUGAGUGGAUCUUUAAAGGAAUUGAAACCACCUACCAAACCAAAUGAUGACAGUUCUUUUCAUACUUCUCAAAAGUUGUCGGAGAAAAGGGCUAGAGUAGUAACCACUCCAAACCUUUCCAUCAGUCCCGGAAAACCAGAACCUGAAAAAGUACCUGUAAGGGACAUUAAACGAACUUGUGUUUCACCUAAGAGGUCCCCUGUGAUUGUCACAACUAUCAAACCAGCGUUAGAACCUCACAAAUCAAGUCAACAAUCAGAUAAAGUAUCAGAUGAUGUAGCACAUGGUAAAAUGGUAACCAGUUCUUCUUUGGCCCUUGUCACUGCUUCUGAUAUCCUGAAAUCUUCUCUUGAUCAACCUAGUAAUGAAAGAGGCAAGAUAGAUUCUUCUGGAGAAAAGAAAAAAGGAAUCCCUAAAUCAACUUUUUGUGCUAGUGAUUAUACUCUUCCAGCAGGACAUCCAACAAAAACUUUUUCUGUUCCUUCCGAAAGGGUUGAAUCAGGCAAAGAUGAUCGGCUUCUCUCUCUUACUGAUUUAAAAGUGUUGGACACUGAUAUGUCAAUGAAGAAUCUUAUAGCAGCCGCUCAGGCUAAAAGGAGGCAAGCUCACCUACAGAGUGCUCCGGGCAACUUGCAUCCUGUUUUCACCAACUAUGCUGAUAUUCAAGGAGGGAGUCCCAACCUUGAUCCCACCUCUCAUCAAUCUGGCCUUGGCGAGACUGUGCAUUCUGAUACGCAUGGACUAUGUCCUCGCCUGUCUCCGGCUUCAGAGGUUCGUCAGUUUUCAUCAGUUGAUCCACCUGAGUGUGAAGAACAAGAAGAAAGAAUGGUUAGUUCGGAACACCAGACAACUGGUGGUUCAAUUAGCGGCAGUACUGAGGCAGCUGUUGCUCGUGAUUCUUUUGAGGGAAUGAUAGAAACUUUGUCGAGGACUAAAGAAAGUAUAGGACGUGCUACUCGACUUGCAAUUGACUGUGCAAAGUAUGGGAUUGCUAAUGAGGUUGUGGAACUUCUUAUCCACAAAUUGGAAAAUGAACCUAGCUAUCACCGCAGAGUGGAUUUAUUUUUCCUUGUGGAUUCAAUUACUCAAUGUUCUCAUAGCCAUAAAGGCAUUGCCAGUGCAUCAUAUAUUCCUGCUGUUCAAGAAGCUUUGUCACGACUACUGGGGGCUGCGGCUCCACAAGGAGUAGGUGCUCGUGAAAACCGUCGUCAGUGCCUUAAGGUCUUACGGUUGUGGCUCGAGAGGAAAAUUCUACCAGAAUCCCUUAUUCGUCGCUAUAUUGAUGAGAUUGACACUGCAAACGAUGAUGUUGCUGCUGGUGGGCACACCUUUAGACGCCCAUCUCGAGCUGAGCGUGCUUUAGAUGAUCCAAUUAGAGAAAUGGAAGAUAUGCUUGUUGAUGAGUAUGGCAGUAAUGCAACGUUUCAGUUGCCUGGCUUUCUAUCUUCUAAUGUGUUUGAAGAAGAGGAUGAAGAAAUUCCAAAUAGUCCUCACCAAGAAGGCAUUGAUGUAUCACUGGUGGAUGGUACUCUUGCCCCAGGAGACAAUUCUGAACAAUAUUCAGCAACCCCUAAAGAUAGGCGCAGUCACAUACUGGAAGAUGUAGACGGUGAGCUUGAAAUGGAAGAUGUAUCUGGACACCAAAAGGAUGAAAAUGCAUUGUUCACUGAUAGGCAUCUUGGAAGUGAUCCAAGUAAGCCUAGUUCUGCGAGAAUCGUCGAAGCAGCUUCAAACAGUCCCUUUGAAUUGCCUCCAUCUGUGGGUUGGUCUCCACCUUUGCCUCCUGGUUCUCCUCCAGGGACCCCACCUUUGCCAUCACCUCCUUUAAAUACCCCUCCGCUGCCACCUCCAUCUUCUCCUAUCCCACCACCACCCGCAACACCACCCCCAACACCAUCCCCUCCCUCACUGCCACCACCGCCUCCGCCACAGCCACACCCCUUUUCUUCAAUGCCCGCUGGACCACUUCCCCUUUUAUUUUCUCAGGCUUCUGUGCCCCUUCAGCCCUCAAUGCCAUUACAGCAUGUGCAGUCAGUUGCAUCAGCAAUACCAUCUUCUUCAUCCAUGGUUGUAUAUCAGCAACCUUUAGCUCUGCAUGAAGUUGGCAGCAUGCAAAAUGGGCAUAGACUACCUCAAAUGUCUAUAGGCGCUGCUCCUCUUGGUCCUUUGCCUCAACCUUGCUUUGUUACUGCUGGUGUCUGUAGCCUUGGUGAUGCAUAUUUAAACCAUCCGCGUCCACAAUCUAGCCAGUUGUUCCAACCCACUAAUGCACUCUUUACCCAAAUGCCUAUGCAUCCCAAUCAUCCACCUCAAAUGCCAUCCAGUAAUUUUUCAUAUACAAGGCCAUCAGUAAAGCUAAAUUCUCAGCAUCCAUAUCCACCAGGACCACUGAUAUAUGCAUUGCCGAAUAGACCUGAUAGGCAACGGCGAUAUGCAGGUGAUGAUCAAUGGACAAUGCGAUCGAAUGAAUUUACGGGUGAUCAACAGCGUAGUAUAUGGAUGGGUGGAGGAAGAUCCUCCGAUGGCCCAAAUUUCCCUCCCGAAGGCUAUUUGAGACAUUAUGAUAGGCCACCUAUGAACAAUGUUGGAUUCCAGCCAUCCGCUCCAAAUGCUAUUCCCGCUGGCGGCCCUAUUUCAGGUCACGGGAUACCUUGUAGGCCAGAUGUGACUGCUCUCAAUUGGAGGCCAGCUUAAGAAAUCCUAGUCUUAUGUGUUUUGGUAUUCACAUAAUAUCGUAAUUUUCUUCGUGGCCCCUUUAGUCUGUUGCUGGUUGUCAAAUAAGAUGUACACCUUUGGUAUAGUACUCCGCUUUCAAAUUUUGAGGUAAUAUAUGUAAUCACAGAUCCUGAGUUGUAACAGUUCCUCACUUCGUUUCUUUUAUCAGGUAGUCAUAGUUUACGUGCAAACACAUUUGCAUUUCAUAUGUUGCCAACGAUUAUAGGCUUUAUAGCUGUAGUAAAAUUUGUAGUUAAAUGUACAUAUGAAUUUUGAUUUUGAAUUCACCAAUGACUUAAUUCCAGUAUUGUUCUUAUUUUUUGUUUUAGA